UAUAUUUUAUAUACAGCAAUGUGUCUCUGUUUGAGCUCUUUUGUUGAUUACAAAUCAUGGAAACUAAAUGCUGAGAGUAUCAUUUCACAUCGGACACAUAACAUAGUUGGAUCACAACAAACAACUACAGUUCCGCGGGCGAUAUCCCCAACGUUUAACUGCUAUAUUAGCCAAUAUUAUUAUGAAUUGUCCUAUAAUACGUUGAUUCGUAUUAUCUUUAUAUGACAAGUCAUGCAACACGACAAGGAUUCCAAGGCAACAUUUUACACUUGUAGUUGUUUUAGCACUGACAAUAUUUUCCUCGAGGAGUUCAAACUUCAUGUCAGAUUUCUAUCCGAGCACCAGUUUAGAUCUGAUUAUCAAGCGGUGUUAAGAAAUCUUGGCUGCUCCACUGACACAGAAUUCAAGGACAUCCUGGAAAAGAUUGAGAAAGAAGUUGAAAGGCGCAGGAGCCUUGGUGUGAAGUCAGCUGAGAGAGCUGCAGCCAUUAAGGAGAUUUAUAAACCACUCCAUGACCAUGUCUACCUUCUCCAUGAGUCCUAUAUGGCACCAGAGUUUAAACAGAUGGUGGAUUAUUGUCGAAGUGAUGAGGCCAGUAAAGAGGGACUGUUGAGUUUAAUGCAGACAGAAGCAGCGGCAAGGGUAUUCCGCUUUCCUGUGUUCAAGAAAAUCUUCUGUGAUGAGCUGAUAGAAGAGAUGGAACACUUUGAACAAUCUAGAUCGCCCAAGGGCAGACCGAAUACCAUGAAUAACUAUGGGAUCCUCCUGAACGAGUUAGGGUUUGACGAAGGCUUCAUCAUCCCUCUCCGUGAGCAGUAUCUGCAGCCUCUCACAUCUCUGCUCUACCAUGACUGUGGGGGAUGCUACCUGGACAGCCACAAGGCCUUCAUGGUGAAAUAUGACAUGCAUGAAGACUUGGACCUCAGCUACCACUACGACAACGCAGAGGUCACUCUCAACGUGUCUCUGGGGAAAGACUUCACGGAGGGGAAUCUCUACUUUGGUGACAUGAGACAGGUGCCUCUGAGUGAGACAGCAUGUACAGAGGUAGAGCACAAAGUGACGGAGGGUAUCCUCCACAGAGGACAACACAUGCACGGUGCCCUGCCCAUCUCCUCUGGGCAGCGCUGGAACCUCAUUGUCUGGAUGAGAGCUUCACAGGAGAGGAACAAACUGUGCCCCAUGUGCAACAAGAUGCCCACCCUGGUCGAAGGAGAGGGUUUCGCAGACGGCUUCACGAGUGACAUAGGGAUGUCUCUUCUACAGAAUGUAUAAUGUGUCCUACAUUAACUUAAUGUUGCUGGUCCAUCUGUAUUUGUGUAUGUUAGUGUAACUAUUGUCUGGAUGUUUACUUAUCGUAGAGAUUAUCGCAUGUGCCAAAGAAGAGUUGUGGAGAGGAAACGUGAGACAUUAGGAACAUAGGGAGGCUCAUCACUACUUCUACAAAACACCUCACUACAAACUUCAUUAUGCAGUGUCACAUUUAUUCCUAUAUUUCCUAAAACAUCACGUUCAUACAAAAAAUGUGUAGCUAGUGAAUUGAAUGGUAUUUUGUACAGGUAGGGGUAUUUCAUAUUCAAAUGCCAGUGUUUAUAGACACUGGGGGAGAACCUGAGCUUUUCCCUUCCCCUUUAUGGCUUAAUUUUAGUGGCCUUGCUCCUGUUUCUUGUUCACAGUAAAUUGACAAGAUUUUUAAUCUGUACAAUUUAUAAAUCAUGUAAAUAUACUGAACAAAAAUAUAAACAUGACAUGUAAAAUGUUUGCCCCGUGUUUCAUGAGCUGGAAAGAUCCCAGAAAUGUUCCAUAUG